GCGCAAACCCUCGGAGGAGAGCUGCUUUUUAGUAAAGUCUGAGCAAAAGACCAGCCAACAAACAGCAAAAUGACAGGAAAAUACGGGGAUGAAUGUCAGCCUCUGCUCGUUAAAGGGGUCUCGGUCAGAAAGCGGUCGAAGUUCCCAAACAAGUCCCUAGUGCUGGCCGCGUUUGCCGCUUGUAUCGGGGGAACCUUUCAAUAUGGAUAUAACGUAUCUGUCAUCAAUGCACCCACAUUGUAUGUGCAAGGUUUCAUCAACCAGACCUGGAGGGAGCGUUACCAAGCAGACAUAUCAGAACACCUUCUCACCCUUCUCUGGUCCGCUAUCGUGUCCAUAUUCACCAUAGGAGGACUUAUAGGAGCAACGAUCGGUGGGACGCUGUCUGUGAAGUUGGGGAGGAAAGGGACCCUGCUGACCAAUAAUAUAUUUGCACUGAUGGCUGCUCUGCUGAUGGGUCUGAGUUACCCUACGGGAUUAUUUGAGCUGCUCAUCGUUGGACGUUUUUUUACUGGAAUAAACGCAGGCAUUGCCAUUUGUGUUCAACCUCUUUAUCUAGGGGAAAUAGCUCCAACCUCAUUACGCGGCGCCAUGGGAAUGGGGACCUCAAUAUUCAUAACCGGCGGGAUCUUAACUGGACAAGUGAUUGGCCUCAAAGAGUUCCUGGGCAGAGAAGAACUCUGGCCCAUCCUUCUCUCCACCACCUGUAUCCCAGCGUUCAUGCAGCUCCUGAUUCUGCCCUGGUUCCCAGAGAGUCCACGCUACCUGCUCAUUGACAGAAGAGACGAAGACGGCUGUAAGAAAGCUCUGAAGCAGCUCCACGGCACAGCUUACUGCGACGAUGAACUGAAGGAUAUUGAGAAGGAGAAGAUAAAUUUAGCUGGGCUCAAGCCCAGGAAGCCCUGGGAGCUCCUGACCGAUCGCAGUGUGCGCUGGCAGCUCAUCACAGUCGUACUGCUCAACGCUGCCCAACAGCUGAAUGGCAUCAACGCUAUUUACUUCUACACAGAUUACGUCUUCAAACAAUCUGGUAUUCCCAUUGAUAAAAUACCGUAUGCAACUGUCGGCACUGGCGCAUGUGAAUGCAUCACUGCUUUGACAUGUGGUAUGCUCAUCGAAUGUCUGGGCCGGAAAAUACUGAUCAUGGGAGGAUACACUCUGAUGAGUAUCUGCUGCAUUUUAUUCACGCUGACGCUCACUUUCCAGGAUUACAGCUCGGUCUUUCCAUACUUGAGCAUGGCAUGCGUUUUCGCUUUUAUCCUGAGCUUUGGUCUCGGACCAGGUGGCGUGACCAACAUUUUAACAACCGAGCUGUUCACACAAAACUCCCGCCCUGCAGCAUACAUACUUACAGGGUUGGUGAACUGGUCAAGUUUCUUCUUUAUCGGCCUGGCAUUCCCCUUUAUCGUGAUCGGGUUGCAGCAGUACUGUUUCCUGGUCUUCUUGGGCGUCUGCUGCUCCGUGGCAACGUACAUCUUCUUUGUCGUUCCUGAGACCAAGAACAAAACAUUUCUCGAAAUCCAGAACGAGUUCAAGUCCUCCAACAACAGGAAGAACAGUGGUUCUGCUGGAGCGGAGGCAACACUUCUAUCAUCCUCUAUAUGAAAAACGGACCUCGCCAUUCAAGCUUCUUUAGCUCUCACAACAUUCAUGUUUCAAAGAGGGGGGAGGGGGAUUCAUAGCCUACGCACACAAUUAAAUGAGCGAUGCAGCGUAUUAAUCAAUUAUACUGUAAACCAUGGUGCCUUCAGAGAUGUGCAUGGUAGCUUUAACUGCAUAUGUUUUGAUAAUUUGUACAUUUAAAAUGGAACUGAUUGUUAUGUGAAAUAUUCUGUUGUGAUAAAAUUCGGUUCGUACAACUUUUAUAAAAAAAAAGAAGGACGCUCAACUGAUAUUUUUCAAUAAAGACAAUGGAAAAGCUGA